GUUGCACACCGUGUGCUACCUCCGAUCGAGGCGAAACACACCGCUCCUGCUCGGCGUUGGACGCCCGGCCGCGGGUGUGCUGGGAUCCGAUGUUCCCCUCCCCGCCUCGCCAAAAUCUCCCCCCCGCGCGCUAAAAUCUUCCCCCAUGCGCGCCAUUCUUUCCUCCGCGCGCGUAGAUUUCUUGCAGCCUGCGCGCGCCAACCCUAAUCCACAUAUGCCGCCCCCCAACUCGGGCUGCCGGGCCACCGAUUCGUGUCCCCGCCGCCGCUCUCAUAUCACCGCCUCGCCGAGCUCGAAUCGCUGCCUCGGCGACCUUGAAUCCCUGCCGCCACGGACCUCGCGCGUCGCCGCCCUCCAAUCGCAGCUGCCGCCGCUCUCCAAUCGCCGCUGCCGCCCAAGAAUCCCACCGCCGGACUUAAUCGACGAGGCCGAGAAUCCAAUCGCCGCUGCCGCCCGAGAAUCCCUACCGACGACGCCGAGCGAUGGAUCCCGUGAAGGAGCGCGCUAAGAGGUCGAAGACGACCAAGACCGCCGUCGGACACCAAGCUCGUCGCGUAGGAUUUCAGCCUCCUCGACCUCGAGCCGUGGUUCCACCUGUCGCCCUCAAAACCCAAGGGGUUGGACCGCUGCAGCACUGCACUUCUCAAGACUCUGCGUUCUGGUCUUCAUCAGCCUCUUCUGAUUCACCUCGAGGCUGUGAAUAGUUACCAACAUCAGGUGAAGGGCUCAUGAAUUUACUGAAUAACCCACAUGCUAUCAAUGUGGGAGAAAAUUUUCAUUUCGUCGGUGCUGGUGUUGGAGUCCCAUCUCCUAGUGUCCCAUCUCCUGCUGGUACUGGAGUCCCAUCUCCUGCUGGUAUUGGAGCAACUCAAAUGGAAUCAGAAGACCAUGAAACAAUUGAUUUGGAUAAUGCUGACACUCCUAGGGCUGAAGGUCGUCUGUUUUACACUACAGAUGAAGACGUUAGAUUGGCUAGUGCUUGGUUAUUUCAUUCAUGUGAUUCAAUCAAUGGAAAUGAUAAGAAAGGCGAGCAAUAUUGGGGUGACGUUACUGCAGCUUACAAUGCCACCACUGAAACGCACCGUAGGAGGAACCGUAAUCAGCUGAAGAUCCAUUGGGGGACCGUCAGGAAAAUUGUGGCUGAUUUUAAUGGUUGCUUUGCAAGAGCUACUGAACUCCGUAGUAGUGGUGAGAGUGAUGAUCAGGUACAGGAAGCUGCAAUGAAACUGUAUGAGAGUGAACAUGAUGGAAAGGCUUUUAAAUAUCACCAUGUAUGGAAUGUUGUUAAAGAUCAGCCCAAGUGGUGUACUUGGAUGGGGAAACUUGCCAAGGAAAGGGCCAAGGCCAAGUCUGGCACUGAGAAACCAAGUGUAGUGGUUAAUUUGGCAGAUCGUCCAAUGGGCCAUAAGAGAGCCAAAGAUGAACGUAAUGGAAAAAGGAAGGAGUCUGGAGGUAAUGGUGCUAUCAAUGAGAAAUUAGAUAAGUUCAUUGAAGUAAUUGAAAAAGCAACCACAGUUACUAGGGAAGAUCGUGAGAAGAUGGAAAAAGUGCAAGAUAGGUUGGCAGAUAAGAAGUUAGAAGCUGCAAAGCUUGCCCACAAAGCUGCUCAAGAACAAACAAAGUGUAGAAUGCUUCAGAGUUACACUGAAUUAGCAUUGGCUGAUACUAGUAAGCUGAAUGAGGAAGCUUUGGCUGAGAGAAAUAGAGCCUUGAGUCUAUGAGACAGAUUUUAUUUGGUGCUAUAGAUCAAGGUAAUGAAGAUAAUUGAUCCUUACUAGAUUUUGAAAGGAAACUCGGUGCAAGAGAUAUGAUGCUCUGGAUCGGCCUGGAUUAUCUCCGAUCCAAAAGUGCACAGCUGCCAUUCGCCAGUUGGCCUAUGGCAGCCCUGCAGAUCAACUAGAUGAGUAUAUCAAGAUUGGAGAGAGCACAGCAGUGGAGUGCUUGAAGCAAUUUGUACAAGGUGUGUUAGUAGUAUUUGGUCCCGAGUAUUUGCGCCGCCCAACAGUUGAAGAUGUUGAGCGCUUAUUGGAGAGUGGUGAGCGUCGCGGAUUCCCUGGCAUGAUAGGAAGUGUUGACUGCAUGCAUUGGCAUUGGGAGAAAUGUCCUGUAGCAUGGAAGGGAAUGUAUACUCGUGGUGAUCAUGGUGUCCCAACUAUCAUACUAGAGGCGGUUGCUUCGCACGAUUGUUGGAUAUGGCAUGCCUUCUUUGGCACUGCCGGAUCAAACAAUGACCUCAAUGUGCUGAAUCAAUCAACUCUAUUUAUUGAUCGGGUUAGAGGGGAGGCUCCUGAAGUUGUGUUCCAUGUUAAUGGAGCGCAAUACGACAAUGCUUACUAUCUGGCAGACGGCAUAUACCCGCAAUGGGCUGUUUUUGUGAAGUCAAUACGGGCUCCUCAAUCAGCCAAGCAUAAACUUUUCGCAGCAAAACAAGAAGGGGCAAGGAAGGAUGUUGAGUGUGCAUUUGGUAUGUUGCAGUCCCGUUGGUCCAUUUUGCGUCGACCAGCACGCCUAUAUGACCAAGGGGACUUAGAGAGUAUUAUGCUAGCUUGUAUAAUCCUCCAUAACAUGAUUAUAGAGGAUGAGAGAGAUAUAGAACAGAACCCCUUUGAUCUGAAUGAGGCUGCUAGCACAUCUACUGUCCAAGCAGCCACAAUAACUUCUGGCCAGAACCAAAAAAUGGAGGAAAUCCUUCGCAGAAACACUAGUCUUCGUGAUCGUACUAUACAUAGACAACUUCAAGCAGACUUGGUUGAACACAUUUGGCAAAAGUUUGGGCCCAAAGAUACCUAGCUGAGGAAUAAGAUCCAUGGAGUUGGUGUUGCUGGAAUCGUUGAAGGCCCUUGGAGUUUCUGUUGGGUGCUGAAUGAAUGCCUUUUUUACAUCCUUCUAGUUUCUGUAGUUGAACUUCGUGAGACAAAAAGAUUGCGUACUGAACUGAGCUGCUGCAUGUACUUUUUUAUUUUCAGAUGUGUUGAACUCAUUCCGUUUAACUGAGCUGCUGUGACUCAUUGUUGCUGCGUGUAUUCUGUUGAAUUCAUUGUGCUGCGUAAACUCAUUGCUGUUCA